CCCGUGGUUGCGAGCUGUUGGAGUCGGUGCUGCACCCUUAAGGUUCCCCAAGCGCAGGCGGCGGAGCGGCUCCGGGACGGCGGGGUUCGCCUCGGGACCGAGCAGAUGCCAUUGGGUGGUUUUAAUCAGGAAUGAAAUGUUCUGAAAGCUAAGAGCAGAAGCCUUUUUGGUCAACAUGGAAGACAAAAGACGGCGAGCCCGAGUGCAGGGAGCCUGGGCUGGCCCUGCUAAGAGCCAGGCCACUGCUCAGCCAGCUACCACUGCUAAGAGCCAUCUCCACCAGAGGCCUGGUCAGACCUGGACAAACAAGGAGCGUCAUCUUUUGGAUAGACAGUUUGUAUUCAGAGAACCCCAGGAGGUAGUACGCAGAGCCCCAGAGCCACGAGUGAUUGACAGAGAAGGUGUGUAUGAUAUCAGCGUGUCACCCACAGGCGUAUCUAGGGUGUGUUUGUAUCCUGGCUUUGUAGACCUGAAAGAAGCCGACUGGGUAUUGGAACAACUUUGUGAGGUUGUUCCCUGGAAACAGAGGACCGGCAUCAGAGAGGAUGUAACUUACAAGCAACCAAGACUUACAGCAUGGUAUGGAGAACUUCCUUACACUUAUUCAAGAAUCACUAUGGAACCAAAUGCUCACAAUCAUGCAAGAUUAAAAGACUCAUUCAAAGUGCAGUCUGGCCCAGUGGAUUUAAAUUGGCAUCCUGUGCUGCUCACACUGAAGGACCAGAUUGAAAAGAACACUGGCCACACCUUCAACUCCUUGCUCUGCAACCUUUACCGAAAUGAGAAAGACAGUGUCGACUGGCAUAGUGACGAUGAACCGUCGCUAGGGAGGUGUCCCAUCAUUGCUUCGCUGAGUUUUGGUGCCACACGCACUUUUGAGAUGAGAAGGAAGCCCCCACCAGGGGAGUACCACUUGAGAAGCAGACGACCCAACCUUUGCCAUACUCUCUUUGGAUAUGGUUAUGCUUUUAUAUGCGGCCUUCUACUCGGUGAAAACCCAGUCAGGUAAAUUACAUGAAUAAUUCAUCCUGCCCUUGGUAAGGCUCCUGUUAUGUGAAUAGCAGAGGAACAGCACAUGUUUCAUUUUUAAGUUCAGAUCCUCUUCUCAAGCCGGACAUAACCACACCAACUUUUUGUCAAGCCUGGUCCUGGGAUCUGGCUGUAGCAGUAAUUGAGUAAGAUGAAGUCGUCUUUUCCCUCCUGGUGCUGUGCCUUGCUAUGGAAGUCACCCUUCCAUCUCUCCGAGUGGCACGUCCGCUGGUAGAGCCAGCACGAUGUUUGGGAUAAUCCUCACUUGCAGCCUUACAGGUAUCUUCUUUGUUGCCAGGUAGUUACUUGUCCAAUCACUGUUUCUUUACACACAUGCAUUCACAUACACAUACACACCACCCCCUUCUUAAAAACACUUGUGGCCUAUUUACAGAUUUGAAGCUUAAGGAUUCCCAAAGCAUGCUUUCUGGAUAGUUUUACUGUAGAAGCAGUUUCCAGUCAUUAAGCAUUAGCAGUGUUCUUGUGCCCAGAAUAUUCCCAUUCCAUUUCCCCUCCAGGCAACUGAAGGUCUUCAUUUUCGCAUAUAAAAACAUUAUUCGUGGCCAUCAAGAGCUAUUUCUUGGUAAUAAACCUCACUUACGUUAUAGGUUAACGAGUAGAUGGGUAAUACAACUACCACACAGCCUUGUGUCCGAAAGCAACCAUUUGGAAUAAAGAUCUCUGAGGGAGAUGGCCCAUACUGAAGGUUUAUCUUCUGAAGUCUUACAGUUUAUUUUGAUGAGUGUAGUGAAAGCACAGGUCAUGAAAUACUAAAGAUGUGGUAAAGUCCCUGUAAUUGUCUGCUAGUAGCAAGGGAAUCUGCACUACACUCAUGAUGGCAGAUUUGACAAAAAUAUAGACCUAAUAAGUAAGAAAAUUCGUCUGAGAUCUUAAA